AUGCAUUUACCUGCAGAGAACACGACGCCGUUAAUCUUGGCCGCCGCUAAUGGUCAUUACGAAUGUGUCAAAGAGUUACUGGAACAAGGCUCCGAUGCGGCCGCGCGAAGAGUGACAGGGACAACAGCAUUAUUCUUUGCCGCGCAGGGCGGAUUCUUGGACAUCGUGCAACUGCUGCUUGAGAAUGAUGCACCUGUCGACUCGCUGAGCGUCGACGGCGGAAGUCCGCUCUUCGUCGCGUGCCAAUGCGGACACAUGGACGUCGUCAAGGAGCUGGUGGACCGCGGCGCGCAAGUGAAUGCCCACAUGAAAGACAGAGCCACACCGUUAUUUAUAGCGGCACAGAAUGGGCAUUACAAAAUUCUGCUGUUCCUGUUGGCGCGAGGAGCCGCGCCUGAUUCCCGACGUACUGAUGGAGCGACGCCAUUAUGGAUAGCCGCCCAAAUGGGUCACGAUCAUAUCGUUUCGCAACUGUUGAAAGCUGGCGCACGAGUUGAUUCCGCUAGACAUGAUGGAGCUACGCCUCUCUUCAAGGCAGCCCACAAAGGACAUUCUCAAGUUGUUGGCGCUUUGUUAAAGUAUCGACCAUCGCUUGGACUCCUGCCAAAUGGUGAAAGUGCUCUUCAUGCUGCGGCGCUUGUGGGUUGCCUACCAGUGUGCAAACAACUCGUUGCUGCUGGAGCUGAUCCUUUUCUGAAGAAUCAGGAAGGUUUUCAGCCUGCAGAGUUAGCACUGAAUAACAAACACGCGGCGGUUUCUGAUUAUUUGAAGAACUGUGUGCGACGCACACCAAAAUGACACCGCCGCAAGGAACUAGGAUCAUUUAUCCGCGUUAAUUCGAAUUUAUUGAUUGCUGGCGAUGAUAAUCGUAAGAAUUCUGAUUGUAUUCAAGAUGGCGACGAGUGUGUCCUACAUGGUGCCUCUUGUGCAUCUACAAGCGGCUAGAAAUCACGUUGAUUAAGAAUCAUAUCGUGUUUGUAUUUAAGAUAAGAAAAUUGUUUAUUGUUAAAGAAUAUAAGUUGAUUGACUGACUGAGAAGUGCCAAACACUUGCUUAAAACUUACAAUUACGUGUUACUGUAAAUUGAAUUAUAUUUUGUUGUUGCGUUUCUGCAUUGUAAGUAUAUUGUAAAUAGUACUUAAUUACUAUUGUAAAGACUAUGAAAACGACGUUUAUUUAUAGUUUAUGACGUCACAUUGUUGAUUCUAAUAUAUAAUAUAUUACCUUAUAAUACUUA